AAAACAAAUUUUAAUUUUAACAAAUAAUUUAGUAACUGUGUUAAGGUAUAAAAAAUAAUAUAAAAAUUGUGAAGAAAGUGAUUAAUUAAGAGUGCAACUGUAAAAUGAAAUCUUACCUGUAUUUUGAAUCUCCCAAAAAUAUCACCAAACAGAAUCUUAAAAUAAUAAUAAUUAAAAAUAAAUAAAUAUUAAGAGAGAAGACAGACAUAUCUACGUGUAUAUUGAUAAUCACAGCCCUAAUUUGACCAUAUAUAUUAAAAAUAGGGAUUACUGUAACGCCGCGUCACCUUCAUUUUGCUACGACCUUAUUCACCACCAUCACCAUGGGUAUGGGCGGGAAGACCUUAAUCAUCCCUAUCACCAAUAAGCUUCUACUAAUCAUAACCUCUCUCUUUCUCUUCGUCUUACUCUCUCUUCAUCUCUCUCGCCACCAUAUCUUAGUAACCACUCACCUUGAUUUUCCCUAUACUACCACCUCCAAACUCAACGUAGCCGCCACCCCCAAAUACAACGCCGCCGCCGAAGAAGAAGAAAAUGAAUCUCAACCCAUCCUUAGAAACGUCAGUUCACCGCUUCAUCACCACUCCGUUCUCCUUCCUGAAUGGGAGGUUUUGCUCAUCGUCCCAGGCCCUGUCAAUAAAGAAACAAUCGAUUUAUUCGCAGAUUACAUCUGUCUAUUCCAGAACAACGCCACCUCUCCGGCCACCUUUUCCGGAGCAUUGUCCAACGAUCGAUUCGCUUUCAAGUGUUCUAUGCCUAAUAGUGUUCGACGUCUUCGUCCGUUCCUUCAGCCUAUUAUGAUGACUAAGUCAUCGGAGAAAGAGUCGGCGGCAAUCGUUAAAAUGCCGGAGCUUUAUAGAUGGAAUUUUCUCGUUUACGAAUCUUUUUCGACGGAAAACGAUGUCGUUUUAUUCGCUAAAGGGAUUAAUAAUCGUCAAUGGAUUAGCCGUUCGCCUAGAGAGUUUAAUUGCGUGUUUUAUCACGACUCUUCGAAAACUGUGGCGUUUAAAACCGCCGUUACGAGCUCCGCACAAGAGGUUUUCAGAUGCCCUCACCCGAACAUAACGGCGCCGUUUAAUUCUAACGACGAUUACGAUGAUGAAGACAACGGUGAAUUAAAAAUCAAAGUCUCUAUCGAAAUCAUCAGUGAGAAUAAUUUGGUGGUUCCUUCCGUAGCGUAUUACGGGCCACGUCAGAUUCCACAGUCAAAGUCAAAGUCUGAGUUGUGCGCGUCCACCAUGGUGUAUAAUGCAGGUAAGUUUUUGAAAGAGUGGGUUGUGUACCAUUCCAAAAUUGGGGUGGACAAGUUUAUAUUAUACGACAACGACAGUAAUGAUAAUAUUAAAAGCGUCGUUGAAGAGUUAAACGACGAAGGAUUCGAUGUAACGACAAUAUUUUGGGUUUGGCCUAAAUCUCAAGAAGCAGGGUUCUCCCACAGCGCGAUCAAGAGUAAGGAUUUGUGCAAUUGGAUGAUGUUCGUUGAUGUGGAUGAAUUUAUUUACUCACCAUCAUGGUUCAAUUUCUCAAAACCAUCUAAAUCAAUGUUACAAUCUCUACUCCCAACAUUCUCACCAUCUGCUGAACCUAAUUAUAUUGGUCAAAUCUCUAUUAGAUGUAACGAAUUCGGUCCAUCCAGCCAACGGUCCCACCCACCAGAGGGUGUGACUCAAGGGUACACGUGUCGUAGAUCUGUGGAGCAAAGACACAAGUCUAUUGUGCUACUGGAUGCAGUGAAUACCUCCCUACUCAAUGCAAUUCACCAUUUUAAAAUGAAGGAUCGGUACAAGACUGUGACAAUGAGCCUCAACAGAGCUGUGGUGAACCACUACAAGUACCAAGCUUGGAGUGAGUUUCAGAACAAGUUUAGGAGAAGGGUUUCGACAUACGUUGUUGAUUGGAAGGAGAAGGCUAAUCUAGCCUCUAAUGAUCGGACACCUGGGUUAGGGUUCGAGGCCGUUGAGCCAAAAGCUUGGGACCAAAAGUUUUGUGAGGUUAAGGAUGAGAGGUUGAAAUUGGUUACUAGAAAAUGGUUUGGAUCUCCAACAUCAGAUGGCUAUAAAUUGGUUUGGCAGACAUGAAACUAGUCCUAGAAGAGGAUUAAUUAUGAUUUGUACGUAGGGAAUAUUUAUUUUAAUAUCUUCUUUUUUCUUAAGAAAAACAUAAUUGAAUUAGUUAGGAUUAUUAGAAAAUUGAGAAGGUUGAAAAGGGACUGUCUAGUUUUGAAUUUAGAUUGCUUGUAUGGAUUGGUUGCCAUAUUUUGUAGCGGGGAGGGGAAUUAGGAAUUCCAUGGUAUUUUUAUUAUUUACUAUUUCUUUUGUGUAAGUAAGUAAUUAAUUCAUUAUUAUUCCAACUUCUUAAUAUUUUUAUUUUUUAAUCACAAAAAUAAAAAUAAAAAUACAUUUUAUA